AAUAAUAAUAAUAAAAAAAUAAAUAAAUAAAAAAAUAAACGAGUGAUAGUGGUGGACGAUAACGCGAAUUCGUUCUCUGUGAUAAUAAUAAGACGAGCGAUGGUUACGAUGUUCAGUGAGUGCGGAUACGUCAUCUUCCUGCUGCUACUCGUCCCCUACAUCGAAAGCGCGCGGCGACUGAACGAAUAUAUUCGCCACUACGAGCCCCUAUCGUAUUCGACCGAAGAUGUUCAUCGAGCUCAUCUCAGGGCAAAGAGAUCCGUGGCGCAGGAUAAUCCAGUUACAUUUAAAUUCCGUGCCCACGGUAGAGACUUUCAUAUAAGAUUAAAAAGAGACAUAACAACGUUUAGCAAUAACUUAGUUAUAGUGGGACCCUCCGGCGAAGAGGAGGAUCUCGACACGUCGCACAUUUACCAUGGUCACCUACUGGGAGAACCUGAUAGCUACGUCUUCGGAAGCAUCAGCAGCGGUGUCUUCCACGGUAAAAUUGUGUCGCCUCAAGGUGGUGCGUGGUACGUCGAAAAGGCGCAUCACUACUUCCCGCCACACGAAGUAAACGAGACACAUCACUCGGUCAUUUAUCACGAGCAUGACGUGAUCGAUCCAUUCGCCGAUAUACGCGAAGGACACUCGUCGGGUUGUGGCGUGACCGAAGAAAGAGUCCGAUGGAUGGACAUGGUCCAAAAUUCUGGUGAACCAGAGCCGCCGCCGCCAUCCAAGAUCAAACCUGGAUCAGGAAAUGCCGCGAAGGUCGAUCCUUGGGUCGACGACGACGAGGAUCCCGGGCACAAAUACUCGCGACAGGCAAAUGUGCCUGAAAGCUUGAGGACGAGGACGAGAAGGGAGACGCGACCCAAGCAGGAGAAAAAUAACACCUGUUCUCUGUUCAUACAGACUGAUCCCCUAAUCUGGAGACACAUACGGGAAACGGUGAAUAAUGAAGUAGAAAAAACCAAAGAGGAAAUUCUUUCGCUGAUAUCGCAACACGUUACAGCCGUGAAUUAUAUUUACACAGGCACGAAAUUCGACGGUAGGACCGAGCAUCGAAACAUCAAAUUUGAAGUUAAAAGAAUAAAGAUCGACGACGACACGCCUUGCAACAACCCCCCGAAUUAUGGAGACACGUCGAAUCCAUUUUGCAUGGAGAAUAUUGACGUCAGUAAUUUUCUCAACCUACACUCGCUUGGCAAUCACCAGGACUUUUGCCUAGCCUACGUUUUCACCUACAGAGAUUUUACUGGAGGUACUCUUGGCCUUGCUUGGGUCGCCUCUGCAUCUGGUGCUUCAGGCGGUAUUUGCGAGAAGUACAAAACUUACACGGAAACCGUCGGCGGAAUGUACCAGUCGACAAAGAGGUCGUUGAACACGGGUAUCAUCACCUUUGUAAACUAUGCGAGCAGAGUACCGCCGAAAGUUUCUCAGCUAACGCUUGCCCACGAAAUUGGCCACAACUUUGGAUCGCCGCACGAUUUUCCACCGGAAUGCAGACCCGGUGGACUCGAUGGAAAUUAUAUUAUGUUCGCCUCGGCCACCAGCGGAGACAGACCGAACAACAGUAAAUUCUCAAACUGCAGUAUAGGGAACAUCAGCAACGUCCUGGACGCGAUGGACGAUAAAAAAAGGAGGCCCUGCUUCACUCCACCUGCUGGCGCUUUCUGUGGGAACAAAAUCGUCGAGGAUGGCGAGGAAUGCGAUUGCGGCUACGACGAAGAGGAAUGCAAAGACAAGUGUUGCUAUCCACGUUUAUCGCUGUCGGAAAAGCAGUGCCGUAGGAAAAACGCAACGCAGUGCAGUCCGAGUCAAGGACCCUGCUGUUCGAGCAAGACAUGCAAAUUUAUACCGAACGAAAAGGAAAAAACUUCUGUAUGCAGAGCUGAAACGGAAUGCAGUUACGCGUCGACUUGCAACGGGACGUCAUCCGUGUGUCCUCCGUCAAAACCAAAAGCUAACAACACCAAGUGUAACAAAGAAACUCAGUUGUGCAUCAGCGGCGAAUGUAUCGGAUCGAGAUGCCUGGAAUGGAAUCUCACGGAAUGCUUCUUGACCAGCAACAAACCGAAUAUAGACAAACGUAAGCUGUGCGAAUUGGCUUGCCAGAAUGGUACUGAUAUCUCGACGUGUCGCAGUACCAGCGAGCUUCCUUACUUGAAAGCCCAGGGAAAAGGAGCGAUCAAUCUAAGGCCAGGCUCGCCUUGUGAUAACUUCCAGGGAUACUGCGACGUGUUUCUUAAAUGCAGAGCGGUCGACGCCGAAGGACCACUUGCAAGAUUGAAAAAUUUACUCUUCAACAAGGAGACUUUACUCACACUUUCUCAAUGGGUUACGGAGUACUGGUGGGCGGUACUGCUGAUGGGGAUAGCGUUCAUAAUUUUUAUGGGCUUGUUUAUCAAGUGCUGUGCGGUACACACUCCUUCCAGUAAUCCUAAGAAACCACCGGCAAGACGGAUCAGUGAAACAUUAAGAAGACCGAUGAAUACUCUAAGGAGAAUGCGACAUCAUCAUGGAGGCGGUGCCGGUCCGAGAAGCAUUCCUCCGAGACAAGGACAAGGAGGCCAUGGACAGCGCGGUCCUUCGCACGGAUACGGGGAAGGUAGAGGAGCUCAGUAUUAUCCUCCCAAAGGCUAUCGCUCGGUUCCCACAGCUAGUGCGCCACCAGCAGGUGGUCCAGCAGCCAACUACGGCCGGUCAAACCGUCCCGAACUGUAUGCCGGGGCCUAUUCGGGUUCCGGAGGAGGUGGUAGGGGCACAGCCUAUGAGAUGAGGCAUCACAACAAGGUUUGACGACUCUAGAGUGUCCCAAACCAUAUUUGGCGUUACUUUGUGAAACGGUCUCAUCGUAGUCUACCAUAACAACAUCGUUUGGACUUCUUUAUUGCUCGCACAAUGAGCGGCCCAAGAGAGAAAGACAGAGUGUCAAAGAGAGCUGGAUACUAAUUUGAAUUAUGUUGUUUAUCAUUCAUCAUUACUAUUAUUACUUAUAUAUAAUUAUUAGCUCGCCUCAUGAAAAUUAGAGAAAUGUGAAUCACCGUCUGGGAGAAAUUUCCUCGUCAGGAAAAGACAAGUGUUACAAUUUUAUCAGAUAUUCAUGACGCUUUGGAAAGAUUAAUCGAACCCCGUAUUUGACCUAGCAUCCAGUGCUCUUUUUUUAUAAAUUAUAUAUAAAUAUAACAGUAGACUCCAUUAAGUAAGUAGUAAUUAUAAUAACCAUGGUCACACUGCCCUAAGAAGAACAACAACAGUAACAACAUAAGAAAGGAAAAACAAGAGAUAGGAAAGAAAAGUCUAGACUAAAACCAAGGUUGAAAUUAUCGCGAUAUAAUUUAACUCUUCAAUAUCAAUUUUCAAACACUUGUUUUGCUUCAAUUGUUUCGUUAUUUACAAAAAACAAUUCAUAAUCUUCUAGCUCGACGAUUUUUGCUCCCAAACAGACCUGUCGUGGAUUGGAUGGAUGCUUUGACAGGAUAUUAAGUAUGACAAUAUUACGAAGUUGUGAUUUACAGGGUGGAA